CAAUUGAUCAUGCGAUCAGGUUCGCUUUGCAUAAAAGCCCGAACGCGAGACGAGUCCCGUCAGACGCACUUACGAACGCGAAGCAAUUAACAGUACCUGUGCUAAGAGAGAGACUUUCCAUUUUUUUAUAUAAAAAUUUCAACCUAGACAUGGCAAUGUCAAAGGUACUUUUGAUGGUUUGUGUGGCGGCCUUUGGGCUUACGCUUACUUCGGCACAAUGGUGGGGUUCAGACGUUUGCCGUCCACCUGGCUUCCCCUGUACGGACAGUAACGAAUGUUGUAAGCCUUUCAUAUGCAAUCAGUUAAUUAAUCGGUGUAAGUGGCAAAAACCCGAAGACGAUUAUGUUGAAACCAGUAACAAUCUAUGCAAACCCCCAGGUUUUCCCUGCUCGGAUUCAAGUCAAUGCUGUGGAUCAUUCAUUUGUAACCCAUGGGCAGGACGUUGUACGAGACCUAGAAUUCCAAAACCAACUACUGAAGGUCCUACUGAGGAACCAACUGAAGAACCAACUGGAGAACCAACUCAAGGCCCAACUGAGGGUCCUACUGGAGCUGCAACUCAGGAAAGAUGCCGCCCUCCAGGCGUCAGGUGUCAAAAAGACAGCCAAUGUUGCUCGCCCUUCAUCUGUAACCCAUGGGCAGGUCGCUGCACGAAGCGUGGUAACUUACCCCCAGGAAUAACUUGUACUCCUCCUGGCGCUAUUUGCAGAAAGAACGAUGAGUGCUGCGAAGGUUACAUCUGCAACCCAUGGGCUAGACGUUGCACGAAACCGAGGACUACAACAGCCGAACCAAUUACGACCCCCAAACCAACGCAACCAACUGAAUCGAACGAGGAGUCAAGUGAAGAGAGCUCUCCGAGCUCGAGCGAAUCCAACGAAUCAAAUGGAUCGGGCGAAGAACUUUGCAGACCACCCGGUUUUCCGUGUAGCCAAACUAGUCAAUGUUGUGGUGCGUUAGAGUGUAACCCAUGGGCUGGUCGUUGUACGAAACCGAGAUCAACUACUCCAAAUCCAUCUGGUACAACUGCAAAAGAUUGUACACCAGCUGGAGCUAUAUGCAGAACAACCGAUGAGUGCUGUCCGGGGACAAUUUGUAAUGUAUGGGCAGGCCGUUGUACUAAGCCAAAGACCACCACACUAGCUCCUACCACUGAAGGAAGCACAACUGAAGGAAACGUUGGAGAAAGCACAACUGGAGGAAGCGGCGGUGAGAGCACCACUGCAGGAAGCGGUGGCGAAAGUACAACUGAAGGAAACGGUGGUGAAAGCACUACUGAAGGUAACGGAGGAGAAGGUACAACUGGUGGAAGCGGCGGCGGGAGCACAACUGCAGGAAGUGGUGGCGAAAGCACAACGGGUGGCAACAGUGGUGAAAGCACUACUGAAGGAAACAGCGCAGAGAACAGUACUGAAGGCAACAGCGGAGAAAACACUACAGCAGGAAGCGGUGGCGAAAGCACAACGGGUGGCAACAGUGGUGAAAGCACUACUGAAGGAAACAGCGCAGAGAACAGUACUGAAGGCAACAGCGGAGAAAACACUACAGCAGGAAGCGGUGGCGAAAGCACAACGGGUGGCAACAGUGGUGAAAGCACUACUGAAGGAAACAGCGCAGAGAACAGUACUGAAGGCAACAGCGGAGAAAACACUACUGCAGAAAGCGGUGGCGAAAGCACAACGGGUGGCAACAGUGGUGAAAGCACUACUGAAGGAAACAGCGCAGAGAACAGUACUGAAGGCAACAGCGGAGAAAACACUACAGCAGGAAGCGGUGGCGAAAGCACAACGGGUGGCAACAGUGGUGAAAGCACUACUGAAGGAAACAGCGGAGAGAACACUACUGAAGGAAACAGCGGAGAAAACACUACUGGAGGAAACAGCGGUGAGAAUACAACUGUAGAAAACAGCGAGGAAAACACAACCGAAGGUAAUGGUGGAGAGAAUACUACCGAAGAGAACAGUGGAGAAAAUACUACCGGCGGAAACAGUGGAGAGAACACUACUCAAGAAAAUAGCGGAGAAAACACUACUGGGGGAAACAGCGGUGAGAAUACAACUGAAGAAAACAGUGGGGAAAACACGACCGAAAGUAAUAGUGGAGAGAAUACUACCGAAGAAAACAGUGGAGAGAAUACUACUGGUGGAAACAGUGGAGAGAACACUACUCAAGAAAAUAGCGGAGAAAACACUACUGGAGGAAACAGCGGUGAGAAUACAACUGAAGAAAACAGCGGGGAAAACACGACCGAAAGUAAUAGUGGAGAGAAUACUACCGAAGAAAACAGUGGAGAGAAUACUACUGGUGGAAACAGUGGAGAGAACACUACUCAAGAAAACAGUGGAGAGAAUACUACUGUAGAAAACAGCGAAGAGAAUACCACUGAAGAAAACACGACCAGCGGAAAUAGUGGAGAGAACACGACUGGUGCAAAUAGCGCGGAGCAGACAACUGAAGAUUGCGAAUCUGGUGAGGAAAAUACUACCCCAGAGUCGAGCAUAAUACCAUCAUCCACGGAGGCUAGUAAUGGUUCGGCUGAAGAGCACACUACUCAAGAAUCAGAGCCUAGCGAUGAACCAAUUGCGACUGAUGAAUGGUAGUUAUUUUUUUCAAAACGACAAGACAAAAAUAAUUCAUAGUUGUUUUUUAAUAUAUUGCUAAUAUAUUAUAUUAACACUGGCAUUUAAUGAUCAUAUACAUAUUUAUGUUUAAUUAUAUUUAUAUAUUAUAAUCUGAACUACUUUUGUGCCAUUGAGUGUUCUUACUUUAAUAGAGAAAAUGUUUCUUUAGUAGUUAGUUCAACCUAGAAUGACCCUUAUCUACAUAUUAAUGUAUAUAAUAUCAAGUGAUAAAAAAUUUGUAUUAUAAUUGUACAAAUAAAGUUCGUAUUGCAACGAUAUCAAUCCUUUA